AACCAAGCCAAGGGUCUACACAAAGCUAGAUCAACAAGUUUUACGCAGGAGUUUCAAUUGUGCCGGAGAUCGUGGUAGUGCAGCACCAAGAUGUUCGUCAGCCUCAGACUGCGGACUUUGAUGAUCACCUCCGAGAUCACGUGAUACGGCGGGGUAAUACCAAGGAUUACCCCACCCCCCACGUCCCUCAAAUUUUAGGCACAGAGCCUCAACCUUGAGGUUGUUACUGAAACGAGCGCGUACGUUGCCUCCAGGCUCUUUCGUACUUGGCCCCACACACCACAGAAUGACGGGCAAGAAUCUCACAGUCUUGAUCUCGGGCAAUGGCUCGAACCUACAAGCCCUCAUCGAUGCGUGCGGCACCGACGCGCUCCCAAACGCGAAAAUCGUACAUGUGAUCUCAAAUCGCAAAGCAGCAUACGGCCUCGAACGCGCUUCAAAAGCCAGCAUACCAACUUCCUACCACAACCUCAUCCCUUACAAGAAGAAGCACCCCUCAGAUCUCGACCUCGCGCGCAGCGAAUACGAUGCCGACCUCGCGAACAUGAUCAUUAACCAUGCCCCAAGAACAGACCUGAUCGUCUGUGCAGGCUGGAUGCACAUUGUCACGCCCAACUUCCUCAAUCCGAUUGCUGAAGCGGGCAUCAGGAUCAUCAACCUACAUCCCGCACUGCCAGGCGAGUUUGCGGGCGCGAAUGCGAUAGGCAGGGCGUGGGAGGCGGGGCAGAAGGAGGAAUUGAAGCGGACGGGUGUGAUGAUACAUGAGGUCAUCGCGGAGGUGGAUGCAGGGGACGCGAUCGUGACAAGAGAGGUGGAGAUUAGAGUUGGCGAAACUGAGGAGCAACUUGCGGAGAGGAUGCAUACUGUGGAGCAUAAGUUGAUUGUUGAGGGGACAAGGAAGACGCUGGAGGCGUUAAUGAAGCAGUAGGGGACGAGCAAGGAGAGGACCACAAUGCAACGAGUUUAUCUAGUUAAUAAAGCCUAUUAUAAUAUAAGAGCCAAAGUACUCCACAGGUGCGUCGGACAUAAGGGUGUGUUAGACACUCUGCUAAUACCCUACUAAAAUCCAAUCCUAUUCUGGC